AUGUCGAUCGCUGUAAGCUGUAAUGAUGAAAUGCUCGUCGCAAGAAUUAUAUGCGAAGCAAUGAUGAUCGGUCUUAUUGCUUUGGAACCAGUGAAAAAUCCCUAUUUGAAAGUAUUCGUUCAACGUUUGCUCGCUGUCUUCAUUUUGGACGAAUUGGUUAUUAUGACAGAAGGAUAUAUUCUGUAUACGAAUACGUAUGCUGAAUGGAAAGCAGUUUUCUGGCGAACACAUGAGAUUAUUCGAGUAUUUAUUAGUCUGUCUUUAUGCUAUCCAAUGUCGUUGUUUGUCGGAGAAAACGGGCAGAAAGUACAACGGUUUUUCGUGGUUAUUUCGGGUUUAGUAUUAAUCGGAGGUUGUUUCGAUCAUUUGCAGUAUAGAAAUGGACAUUCGGGAAUGAACCACAUCGCCUUUAUGCUUAUCUUUUUAUUUACUUUUUAUCAAUAUGUUCAGCUUCGUAGACAAACUCGAGGAGAAGUCCCACGACUGAAAAGUCUAAUGGCUAUAGAAUCUAUGUUAAUCAUUUUAAACUUCGUAUUAAUAGCAUUAUUUCUUGAUCGUGGACAUGAACAGAAAGCUCUGUCAACGAUCAAAAUUACUAUGACAAUAUUACAAUACCAUAAAUUCUAUAUGAUUAUUUCGGUAAUGACAUAUUUUGAGUGA